UCUUGAGAUUAAAUGAGGAUUCUCGUGUUCAUGGCAUUUUUUUGCACCUUCCUCAGUCCUUCCUCUCCAAAAAUGUCUGUAAUGCCAUCAAGCCACAGAAAGAUGUGGAUGGGGUCUCUGAUCUUAAUGUUGGCCGUGUGGUGUUGGGGGAUCAGAGAGACGGCUUUGCUUCACCUGUAGCUGGAGCUGUGCUGGAGAUGCUUGCCAGGCACGAUGCCCCAUUGAUUGGUAAGAUGGCAGUGCUGGUGGGUGUUGAGUGACCCUUGAAGGCAACUCUUCAAUUUUUGUUGCAAAACAAUGGCAUGAUGGUGCAGACCUGCCUGUGGAGCUCAAAACACCUGCAAAAACAGAUCAUGGAUUCGGAUGUGGUGAUCUUGUCAGAGACUGACCACAAGGGCCUCCCACCCACUUGGUUAAGAUCCGGGGUGGCAGUCAUCAACCUCAGCUUAGCCUCAAUGGAAGAACACCCUGACAGUUGGGAGCCCGGGGCUGAAGCGGAGUCUGGUGCAGGAGUUGGGCCUCUAAGUGCUGCGCUAAGAAUGCAGCAUGUAGUGAGGAGCAGCAGGAGGUGGAUACAAGAACAGCAGUACCAGCCGUGGAGGCUCCGCCCACUAAAACUCCACCCACUCUUACCUGUGCCUAGUGAUAUAGAGAUCUCCAGGGCACAGACUCCCAAACCCAUAUCCCAGCUGGCUCAGGAGAUUGGGCUGCUUCCAGAGGAGCUGGAGGUCUACGGAAACACCAAAGCCAAAGUCCAUUUGUCCCUCCUCAACCCC